UGGAAGUGAAGAUACGCAGCAGCGCAGGCUGAGGUACCGGCUGAGGCAGGAGCAGGGCGGCUGCUGAUGCCAAUGCCAUUGCACGGGUGUGAUGCAUUGCCUGAGGCUUGCAAAUGCUGAUUUUGGCAUAUUUGCGGACCUUAAAAGCCACUGUCGUCAUUGACAAUGCCAUUGGCAUCAUUCAGCUGAGGAAUUAAGUGGUUUUCACCUGUGUACCUGAUCAGGAUGAGUCCGUUUCCUUGAAGGCACGUUUGGCUUCAAGAGUCAUUGAUGCUGCCCAGCUCAAAGUUGAAGCUCCUGUUGCCGCUGUAUAGGAAUUCUGGACCAAAAAGUAUCAGUAUCUGACACCACUAAUGAGUGGGGCUUCGCGCUUAAAGUGUGCUCGUCAUGUUUCAUUCCUCAGAAGAUGUACAGUACGGGGAUGGGUUGGUAAAAAGGCGGCACAUAUCCGUUCUUUUGAAUCAGCUUAGCAGAUACCUCUGAGGUCUAAUCCACAUCCAGGCACAAUGGCGGUCAUAUUGGAUGCUACUCAAGCAGCUCCUAGUAAAGAGCAGGAGGCCAAGGAGCUUUUUGAGAAGGACGAUUAUCAGAGAUGUCUGCAAGUGCUGGAUCAAGUGACAUUGAGCCCCAACAAAGAUGUAAAGGUGCUUCAUAACAGAGCCCUUGCGGAUUUCUAUCAAGCUGGGGGCAAGGAGGCACAACUGCUGCAAGAAAGAUUGCAGGCGUGCCAGGCCCGCAACGAUGAGCUGCGGCAGGCUGCUGAGGCCGAAUUGGAUGGUGCCGUCUCACCUUCUGGUGCUACUUCAUUCCGGGAGUCUUUCUCAGCUGACGGGGCUGCAAAGGCUGCGGAGCCCCUCUCCUGGGACUACCAGACAGCAACGUUGACAUACAACCUGGCCCUCGUCCACUACCAGCAGCACCGCUACUCUCAGGCGGCCACUCUCCUGGAACCGCUCUAUACAAACCUGGAGCCUCUCGACGAGGACGUUGCCCUCCGGGUGUGCUUACUCCUCCUGGACGUUCAUCUCGCCAACCGCCAGCCAGCGAAAGCCGCUAACGUGCUGAGCUUCUUGGAGAAGCUGUUCUCGGUCUACUUCCCCACCACCUGGCUAAGUUCCAACAACCGAGAUGAGAGGCCCCGUGGUCGCAGCGGAGGCCGGGAGCGGGGAGACUCUGCAGAACGGGGAGAAGACGCAGAGCCCAGCACGAGGCCCGGCACGCCCGCCGAGUCGUCCAGCGUCGAGGGCGGCCACUCGCGCAACACGUCCGAGGACAACUUCGACGAGGACGCAGGGACAGCACCCGCACAGAGCCGGGGCCGGAACGGCAAGGGGUUUGAGGGCUUCGCUGGCUUUUCGAAGCCCUUGCCGAUCGAAGCGGAGGAUCUGAAGCUGCGGUUGCAUCUGGGGCGUGCUCGGCUGCUGAUGCUGACGCAGAACUUGAAGAGCAUGAAGCGCGAGGUCAAGGCCGCUCUGGCGCUGUCCAAGGAGCACACGCACGCGCUGACCCUGAAGGCGCAGCUCGAGUGCAGCCGGGCCAACUACCGGAAAGCCAUCAAGCUCCUCGUGAGCGCGCACACGCCCGACGCCCAAGUCUCCCAAACCUCCCGUGCCGCGUUCCUGGGCAACCUGGGAAACGUCCAUCAUUACCUGGGCAAGCGCAGCCUGGCCAGCCUCUACUUUUCCAAAGCCCUGGUGGAGGUCCCGCGCUCGCUGGCGGAGGGCGCGCAGACGGACGGCCAGGCGGUGCUGUACAGCGCGGCCCUGGAGCAGCUAGUCGCGGGUAACGCUGUGGCCGCAGCGCAGUGCUUUCAGCAGGUCGGGGGGCAGAGCGCCUUGCGGCUGCUGCGGCUGGGGGAGGCGUGCAUCGCGGCACACAGCAAGGGCCUACUGGGGUCGGCGCACGGCGGGGAGAGCUCGGAAGCCGUCAGCUCUUAUGGCGAUAAGCAGGUGCGGGUGACAGUGGGCGGAGAGGGACCCUGGAAGACGGUCGUCCACAGAAAGCAAGACGGUGGAAGCGUGACUGUGGUUGGCGCUGAAAGCAGUCGGUCUUUGGAAGCGGAUGAGCAGGAAGGAGGGGCGGCCCUCGGUGGUUUGAGCCUCGGUUAUGCGAAGCAGUGUUUGGAAAAGGUGUUGGCAGUGUCGGAGGGCGCGAAGCACACAGAGGGAUUGCAAACGGAGAGGGGCGGCGGCGGCCGUCGGAUGGCUAACGGCACAGUGGAGGCGAGGAAAAGCAACGGGGAGAGUGCACAUAAGAGAAACGGUAACGGGAAGGCCGGGGGGAGUGCGUCAGCAGAAGACGGGGUCGGGUCUAGUGAAGGGGUCCGGCCGUCAGGAUCAGCGCCCAUCACUCUCGGACAGGGGACGCAAGAGCCCGGGUUGAGACAGGUGGUUCUGAGCUCGUCUUUGAAAGCCGGCCUGGCAGCGUACGAAGCAGAGCAGAAGCGCAAGAACGAACUCAUCCAGCAGAGCGCGAGAGUCGGGCUCGCCUACGUGGACCUCUGCCUUGGAAACCCGGCCCGUGCGCUCGCUCACGUAGAAGCGUCGCUUAGAAUUGCGGGGAUUGGGCGCGUGAACAGCUUACUGGCUCGCACAUACGCUGCUGAGGCGCUGUGCUUGCUUGGGCGGCCCGGAGAAGCCAUCAACCACUUGUCAGUCGCCCUCACGGAGUUGACAAGCUCAAGUAGCGAUCCCCUGCCCCCCGUGCCUGAGCAAGGCCCUGUGCCAGACAAGGAGCAAGUAGCAGCGGUUCCUGUUGGCAAGCCGAGAGACUGGCAGGCGGAUCUGACAGGGCCUGGUGCUCGUGCAGCCCUGUAUGCGAAUCUAGCCGCUCUCUAUGCUAAGAAGGGCGAACUAGCUGAGGCGCAGCGGUGCAUUGCCCGAGCUUGUCAAAUUUGUCGAGAGAGCCCCUCGGUAUUGCUAGCUGGAAUCUUGGUACAACUCAAGGCGAAUGGCGAGGAGGCAGCUCUGUCUAAGCUCAGGGAAGCUCGCAUGCAGUGGGUAGAAUCUUCACUGCCAGGUCAACGGACCUAAUUUCGGACCUUAGUGUGCCUUUUCAAGGCAAAGUUUGUCGUUCGCUGAGUAAAUGGACUACAUUUAUCCGUGGAAUUUACUCUCAAGAGGUGGCCCGAGUGUUGACUGUUAUAAAGGGAUUAUGCAUGGGAGUCGCUCGUCAAUAAGUUGCGUUCAUUAUAUCAGUAGCCUAGUGAUU